AUAAAAAAGUCGCCGCUGGCAGAAGCUUCGGGGCUCAGAUUAUUGUUUACGUGUCGCCCGGUGCGGUGUGGAGUCGUCUUCUUUUCUGUUUCAGCUCUUCUGGCCAACCAAUCGUCCAACCGCCGAACGGAACGGCCCGCCGCAGACUGAUCUUGGCCAGAAACUGAGUCCACACCACUUUGUGCACGAAAACAAACUGCGGCAUUUGUUUGCCUUCGGUUUCUAUUGUUGCGUUGGGGCAAAGUAAAACAAGGGAGUUUGAAGCGGAGCAGCAUGAAUAUACACAUGAACGCCAAUACCCUGAAGUACAUCAGCCUGCUGACGCUGACCCUGCAGAAUGCGAUCCUGGGCCUCAGCAUGCGGUACGCCCGCACCCGGCCAGGCGACAUCUUCCUCAGCUCCACGGCCGUGCUAAUGGCCGAGUUUGCCAAGCUGAUCACGUGCCUGUUCCUGGUCUUCAACGAGGAGGGCAAGGAUGCCCAGAAGUUCGUCCGCUCGCUGCACAAGACCAUCAUCGCCAAUCCCAUGGACACGCUGAAGGUGUGCGUGCCCUCGCUGGUCUACAUCGUCCAGAACAACCUGCUGUAUGUGUCCGCCUCGCAUCUGGAUGCGGCCACCUACCAGGUGACGUACCAGCUGAAGAUCCUCACCACCGCCAUGUUUGCGGUGGUGAUCCUGCGCCGCAAGCUGCUCAACACCCAGUGGGGUGCUCUGCUGCUCCUGGUGAUGGGCAUUGUCCUGGUGCAGUUGGCCCAAACGGUGGGUCCAUCGAGUGGUCCGGCCGCUGGAGCUUCGGCCACGGCCGCCUCCUCGGGAGGAGCACCCGAACAGAACAGGAUGCUGGGUCUGUGGGCCGCCCUGGGCGCCUGUUUCCUCUCCGGAUUCGCGGGCAUCUACUUCGAGAAGAUCCUCAAGGGCGCCGAGAUCUCCGUGUGGAUGCGGAAUGUGCAGCUGAGUCUGCUGAGCAUUCCCUUCGGCCUGCUCACCUGCUUCGUGAACGACGGCAGCCGGAUCUUCGACCAGGGAUUCUUCCAUGGCUACGACGUGUUCGUCUGGUAUCUGGUGCUGCUGCAGGCCGGCGGUGGCCUGAUCGUGGCCGUGGUGGUCAAGUAUGCGGACAACAUACUGAAGGGCUUCGCCACCUCGCUGGCCAUCAUCAUCUCGUGCGUGGCCUCCAUCUACAUCUUUGACUUCAAUCUCACGCUGCAGUUCAGCUUCGGAGCCGGCCUGGUCAUCGCCUCGAUCUUUCUGUAUGGCUAUGAUCCUGCCAGAUCCACGCCCAAGUCGAAUAUGCAGGGUCCUGGCGGCGACGAGGAGAAACUGCUGCCACGCGUCUAGCUCUGGAGGAAUCUGGACCUGUCAACAGUAUUUGUCCACAAUUCGGCGGCCGUUCGAUGACUGCAUCCAAUGUUCUUGAUAUUCCCCACGUUGUGUGUGUAUAUAUGUUAGGGUGGAUAUUAAUGUCUGGACAAUUCGUAGCACUUUCCCCUGGGAAACGAUAGUUAUAAUGUAAGGGAAACGAGAAGGAUAAGAAUACUUAAUUAUUUAUGUAAUUUAAAUAUACUUAGGGUAUUCACUAGCUAAACUGAAGUAUAGAUAUUAAAAUGAUUCACAUUUUUAUAUAUCAUUUUAGUUGUUACUUUGCAAAGGCUAAGGAAUACCGAAAACAUUUGCUGGACAGCUUUGCCUAUUUGUUUGUAAAUAUCAACUUGAACCUGAGCUUAGGUUGCAAUUACUUGUUUUCAUUUUCAUUUAUGGACAAUUCCCUUUUUUUUUGUAAAAAGAAUAGCAAUGUUUGGAUAAUAAUAACUAAAUAGGAUUUCUUGCGUCCCUAUACUAUUUAAUCGAAUGUGCAUUCACCUAUUAUCAUUUUGUUUAUUUUUGGACUCCCCCAUAAUAUUUGUACGAAAGUCGAAUUACUCGCCAAGCGUUAUAAGUAUGAUUCCAUUUUGAGUCAUCGCAACUCUCAAGAUAUUGUCAUUUUGUUUAAAUAAAAAUAAGACAAUUAA